AAAUCCAAAAACUAAUUCUUCUAAAUAUUUACUUUAAGGGGAAAUUCGAAACUAUAUUCAAAAGAAUGGAAGCUGCUUUAUAAUAACCAAUGCGCGUAUCUUGGAGAAGGUCGGCAAGGCAGUCAAGUUCGAAAACUCGUCCGUGGUGAAAAUAUUCGUCGCUGAUAUGGUGAACCUUGAUCCGAAUACCGUCGAGCUGAAAGAAACGAUCGUUCCUUUACUUCCCGCUUGUUAUUCGAUGGAUCCUUUACCGUCAGUCGAUUUUGAGGUUCACAAAGAUCUCGCCCUGCUUCCUUUCUCGAGUGGGACAACCGGACCUCCAAAAGUCGUCAUGAUUUCGCAUUUGAACUUCGCCGUCGCUGUUCAGAAUUGCUACUGGUAAGC